AUGAUAUUCAAAUUCAACGGAGCUAGCAACACAGAGCUGAACAAUAGGGAAAUAGAGCUAACUGAAGAAGAAAUAAAAGACUCGUCCAUAGCAACAGCAGGCGAUGCCCUGAAGUACUUAUUUGAUAAGCACAUAGAAGUCAGAGACAGCUACUUCGACUCCCAUGGAGAGCUGGUGCAUGGGACCAUUUGUAUCAUCAACAAAGUGGAUUGGGAGAUCACGGGAAGAGAAGAGAGCCCACUGAAGUGUGGGGACCACGUUGUUCUUAUCUCUACAAUCCAUGGAGGAUGA